CGCGCAUUCCAAGUAUACCGGUUGAAUGAACCAGAGAUCUGAAAAGUAGAAGGAAGACGAGAGGCGCAAAAAUUAGGGUUCUUACUUCUAACUAUUGAAUCGAGAGAUCUAGGAGAUGGCCUCCACGCUUGCUCGCCUGGUCCGUCGGCCAGUCGCUAAAUUACUUUUUCUCAGAAGUUGUAGGCAUGCCCGGAGUUACAGCCACUACGCCUUGCCAGGUGGCAGUGGUCCGAUUUUCUCAAACAAUAUGAGGGAUGUGAAGGAGUUUCUACCAAGGGAUUCUCCUUAUCGAGUCUGGGCUAGGUCAUUUGCUUCUGGAAAUGGUGAUCUGUUUGAUGCGGUUGUUCCACAUAUGGGUGAAUCUAUAACUGACGGGACAUUGGCAACCUUCUUGAAAAAACCUGGUGACAGGGUUGAAGCUGAUGAACCUAUUGCCCAGGUUGAAACUGAUAAGGUGACUAUUGAUGUUAAUAGUCCUGAAGCUGGGGUUAUCGAAAAGUUUGUUGCAAGUGAAGGUGAUACUGUGACACCAGGAACUAAGAUUGCAGUCAUUUCAAAGUCUGCUUCGAGUGCAACACAUGUUGCUCCUUCUGAGGAGAAAGUAGAUACAGUUGCCACUAAGCCAUCUCCUCCUGCAGAAAGCAAAACUGCUGGCAAACAAAAGCCUAAAGUGGAAACUGCUGCCGAAGAAAAGCCUAAAGUUCCUUCUCCUGUGCCUCCUAAAACUUCUCCUUCAGAACCUCAGCUUCCUCCCAAGGAAAGAGAACGACGGGUUCCUAUGCCGCGUCUUAGGAAACGAGUUGCCACACGAUUGAAGGACUCUCAGAAUACUUUUGCAAUGCUAACUACAUUUAAUGAGGUCGACAUGACCAAUUUGAUGAGACUUCGAUCUGAUUAUAAAGAUGCAUUUGUGGAGAAACAUGGUGUGAAAUUGGGGCUUAUGUCAGGUUUUGUGAAAGCAGCUGUUAGUGGACUACAAAACCAGCCUAUCAUUAAUGCGGUCAUUGAUGGUGAGGAUAUCAUAUAUAGAGAGUAUGUUGAUAUCAGCAUUGCUGUUGGGACAAAAAAGGGACUUGUGGUUCCAGUGAUCCGAAAUGCUGACACAAUGAACUUUGCUGAGAUAGAGAAGGAGAUAAACACUCUUGCUAAGAAAGCCAAUGAUGGUACAAUAUCCAUUGAUGAAAUGGCCGGAGGGUCAUUUACCAUAUCAAAUGGUGGGGUCUACGGAAGUCUUCUAAGCACACCCAUUAUAAAUCCACCGCAAUCAGCCAUUUUGGGGAUGCAUUCAAUAGUGUCCCGGCCAAUGGUUGUUGAUGGUGUGGUUGUACCGAGGCCAAUGAUGUACAUUGCUCUGACUUACGAUCAUAGACUGAUUGACGGAAGAGAGGCUGUUUAUUUUCUGCGCCGUAUCAAGGAUGUGGUUGAAGACCCCCGGAGACUUCUUCUGGACUUGUAGGCGACAGCACGAUGUUAGCUUUGCUUGCCACUCUCUUUUUUAGCAUAUAAUAAGUUGCAAGAGAAAAUUUUGUUUACUGAGUUAUUUUGAGGGUGAGACCUCAGGCUUAUAUAUAUUCAACCCCAGAUACUUGUGUUGGGAUACAGUCAUAUUAUGUUAUGAUUUUUUCUGUGUUUUUUUUUUUUUGGGUUCAAGUGAGAGGAAACACUUCUGGUUAGCAACUGUUUUUAAUUGUUGACAAGGGCGAAGAAUUGCCAAACAUUGAUGCUUUUGUAUGAACAGAUCUUGGUAAUUAUAUUGUUUAUUUUGAUA